AUGUGUGGAAUUCUAGCAAUUUUACUCACCAACCCUACCAUCUCUGCAAGCUUAGAGUUAUUUGAAGGUCUACAAAUUCUACAACAUAGAGGUCAGUCACAACAAUUCCAUGGUGGGCAAGAUUGGAAAUUUUUAGAUAAUUUUGUAGAAGAUUUUUCAGUUACUACUAAUGCAUUAGGUACACCAAAAGAAGCUUUGAAAGCAUCAAAAGAUUCA